AGCCCAGAAAGGUAGGAGUGUCUGUGCGCGUGAGUCCGUGGGCAGUGUGUGUGAGGCUGCAAAUGAAAGUGUGGCACAAUGCUCUUCCUUCCUGCAUUCUUUGAGAGAAGCGCGGGGGCGUGUUGGGGCCGGUCUUCGGUGAGGGGGAAGGUGUGGCCUCACACAGGCUGCAGGUAGGCGCAGCAUAAAGUCCCGGUCACAGUGGCGAUCUGCUCGGUUACCGUGACACCGCCUGCACUGGGACAAUGAAGGGAGCGCUCCUACUGUGGGUCCUCGUCCUAAAUGCCUCGAUCGAGCCCUCAGAGAGCCGCGGCCACGACUUUGAAGACGUGAAGGACUACGAGGUGGUCCGGCCAGUCCAACUCCACUCGGUCAGGAGGCGGGAUGCAGAGCAUCUUCGGCCAGAUACCGUGAGGUAUGCCAUGACGCUGGGAGGCAGGGACAUCGAAAUGCGACUAAAGAGAAAUCACGAAUUACUCACCAAAGAUUACACAGAGACGUACUACCAAGAAGACGGGACUCGAGUCACCGCGCCUCCGGAUGACGUGGACCACUGCUACUAUCAGGGGAGCAUUGUGAAUGACAGCCAGUCCUCCGUUAGCAUCAGCACCUGUGAUGGACUCAGGGGUUACUUCAGAACGUCGGCCCAGCGGUACCUGAUUGAGCCCCUGUCUGGCGGCGACGAGGGGGACCACGCGGUGAUGACUUUUGAGGACAAGACCUCCCCCCCCGCCGUGUGCGGCGUCACCAACACCAGCUGGAGCGACGACUUCGAACCCCCCACGGGCCAGAGCCGCUCCAGGGCAGGGGGGCUAUCUAUCGUCCAGAAGCAGAAAUACAUCGAGCUCUUCAUCGUUGCUGAUAAUCGAGCGUACUUGAAGAUGGACCGAGAUCAGACCCGGCUGAGAAAGAAGAUAUUUGAAAUUGUCAACUUCGUCAACAUGGUGUACAAGCCAAUGAGGACCUUCAUUGCUCUGGUGGGGCUGGAAAUCUGGUCCAAUCGGGAUUUGUUCACCGUGACCCCCCCGGCCGGGGCCAACCUGAACGCUUUCAUGAUGUGGAGGAACACUGAGCUUCUGAAUAGGAAACAGCACGACAACGCACAAUUCCUCAGCGGUAUUGACUUUGAAGGAGCCACCGUGGGACUGGCUUACGUCGGGACUCUCUGCUCGGGUCACUCUGUUGGAGUGAUACAGGACCACAAUGACCGGGCCAUGGCAGUGGGGGCCACCAUGGCUCACGAGAUGGGCCAUAACCUGGGCAUGAACCACGACGACUCCAGCGGCUGUUCUUGUUCUGCGGACAGCUGCAUCAUGGCUGCAGCUCUCAGCUGGGACAUCCCUCGGACUUUCAGCAGCUGCAGCGGGAACGACUACGAGAAAUACCUGCUGGGCCGCAACCCCGACUGCAUGCUGAACAAACCCGACUACCGCGACCUGCAGGCUCCCUUCUUCUGCGGGAACGGCUUCCUGGAGAAAGGAGAAGAGUGCGACUGUGGCAGCGAGGAGGAGUGCACUAACCCCUGCUGCAACGCCACAAACUGCACCCUGAAGGCGGGGGCCCAGUGUGCCGAGGGCGAGUGCUGCGAGGACUGUAAGGUGUCGCCUCGGACCACGGAGUGCCGACAGAGGCGGGACGAGUGCGACCUGGCCGAGUUCUGUGACGGGCAGAGCGCCAGCUGCCCCGAGGACACCUUCGCCGUGAACGGCCUGCCCUGCGACGCGGCCCUGGGGUACUGCUACAACGGCUCGUGUCCUCAGAGGGGAGGCCAGUGUGUCAAAAUGUUCGGAGCAGGGGCCACAGAGAGCAGUUCAUACUGCUACGACCAGAACACCAGAGGAACGUACUUCGCCUUCUGCAAGCGUCCCGGAAACGAUAAUUACAUCCCCUGCCAGCGAGAGGACGUGUUUUGCGGCAAGCUCUUCUGCCACGGCGGGAAUGACAUCCCCAACUACGGCCGCAGGGUGACCGUCCGAGACUGCAAGGCCACUUUCUACGAGGACUACACCAAAGACUACGGCCAGGUGGACACGGGGACUAAAUGUGGGGAUGGAAAGGUGUGCAGCCAGAACCAGUGUGUGCAGCUCGAGACAGCGUUCAGGAACGUCAACUGUUCGGCCAAGUGCCCCGGCCACGCUGUGUGCAAUCACAGAAGUGAGUGUCAGUGUGAGCCCGGCUGGCUUCCUCCUCGAUGCGACUCCCAGGACGCGGCGUUCACAUCUCUUUCACCUGGAGCGAUCUCCGCCAUCGUGGUGGCGAUCCUCCUGGUGGCUUUAGGUGCCAUUGCCGGCGUGGCAGCAGUCAUCUGGAAAAGGCGGCAAACCCCUGCGCUGCCAACAGUGCACCCCCAGAGGAGGCCGCCGCCGGUGGACCAGCGCCCCAGCCUCGCCGCGCCACUGCAGGCCGGGAUGCGCAAACCCAAAGGAGCUCCUCCGCCGCCGCCGCCGCCUGCAGCAGGGAACAGGCCGAAGCCCCCGGGCCAGAACUACACGACUGCUCGUCAGGCUCUGAGGCCAGUGCCUCCACCGAAGGUCUGAUGUCGGAACCAGCGCCACCUUCUGGUGAACCGCACCUUUGAGCUUGUUGUUGCUGCUGGUAACAGGCAGGUUCAACAGCGUCCUGUCCCGCCCGCUCUCUCUGCAGGAGGCACAAACUGGGCUUUUGAACUGUUUCUUGCAUGCAAUGCACUGAGGACAGGGAUGUUUCUUUAGGAAUUCUUAAGGGACUUUUUUAUACCAUUGAGUUUGGGUUAGUGCUAAAAGAAACGGCCCUGAAUGUGAGCCGUGUGGGUUUUAUACAUUGUGGGUGUACAUUUCGUAAGAAUACUGACUGGAUUGAAUUGUUGAAACCGUAUACCUUCAUGAACUGCUUUGAUUAACUUGGGUCUAACAUUUCAGUCACUCGGGUGCAGGAAGGUGCAAUCAAAUCCCAAUGAACACACGCAGUGUGUGUGAGCUCUGCACUUAUCCUGCUCAUAGCUUUCGUAAUCCGCUUUUUUAAAAUGAGAAUAAAAGAUUUUUUGUAAUAUA